AUGUUAUGUAUACAAGGUACGCAAUCGCAGUUGGACAAAGACGAGUACUUUCUCUGCCACUUGGCUACGGGCAACAUCUUGCGCGCUGCUGUAGCUGCUGGCACCCACGUAGGCAAAAACGUCAAAGCCGCGAUGGAGUCGGGCGCACUUGUGACCAACGAGAUUGUCGUCGGUAUUUUAAAGGACGCCAUCAAGAGUACGGAAUGCCGUCCUUCGAUUUAA